AUGAAGGUCGAAAUUGACUCUUUUUCUGGUGCUAGGAUCUACCCUGGUAGAGGUACUUUGUUUGUUAGAGGUGACUCUAAGAUCUUCAGAUUCCACUCUUCCAAGUCUGCUUCUUUGUUCCACCAAAGAAAGAACCCAAGAAGAAUUGCCUGGACUGUCUUGUACAGAAGACACCACAAGAAGGGUAUCACUGAGGAGGUUUUGAAGAAGAGAUCCAGAAAGACCGUCAAGGCUCAAAGAGCUGUCGUUGGUGCCUCUUUGGAAUUGAUUAAGGAAAGAAGAUCCUUGAAGCCAGAAAUUAGAAAGGCUAAGAGAGACGAGAAGGCCAAGGCCGACAAGGAGAAGAAGAAGGUUGAAAAGGCUGCUAGAAAGGCUGAAAAGGCUAAGUUGGCUGCUGCUCAUGGUUCUAAGGUCUCCAAGCAACAAGCUAAGGGUGCCUUCCAAAAGGUGUCUGCUACUUCCCGUUAA